AUUGGUUUCAGACGUCAGCGACUAACAACAUGGCAAAAUAAACAACGUGGCAGCUGUAUUCCUUUCUCACCUCUUCAUCUUGUAGCUGUUAUUAUUUCAUCACCAUCCCUCGCUACGUUAUCAUUAUAUCGUCUCGUAAUUUUCGCUUUUAAUCUGGACGAUUUAUGAUUGAUAAAGAGUACUAAUACGAAUUCCAUUCAUUUUGUUUGUGUAUGUGUGUGGCCAGGGGAACGAGAAAAAUAUAAUUUACAAAACUAUAAGCGAGUCCCUCCCGCCCCCUCUUUAAAAAAAGUCAAUGUGUCAGUGACAGAAUUUCGGAUAUACAUUGAUAGGUAUAUAUAUAGAGAGAGGGGGAUAGAUAUAUAAUCAUAUUUUGUUGUUUAGCGUGUAUGCUUACUCAGUUGAGCACCAGCGGAAUCCAGGAGGAGGGACAUAUAGGCAGACAUCUGAAGAAACCAAUUUCUACUGGUACUUUUUGUCUUCCUUCAAGACACAAGAAAAUCUCAAGCAAAACAAAGAAAACCUAAAUCUAACCAGGUAGCCGUGCAGUUCCGAUACCGAAACAUUGUUGACGUGCUACAUUAAAACGUCACGAUGUCUCGCCUAUACCAAAGUGUUAAAGCCUGUAUUUACAAGGAAUCACCAGAAGCAGUUGACACAAGAUCAAAUACAAAUAGUGAAACAAACAUCCAAGGAACCAACGCCAGUAAAAAGGCAGAUGUAGAAAAUGAUCCAAGCAAACAACCCAGUAUGAUCUGGCGGGUUUCAAGUGGUUUGUAUAGUACAGCAACUGGUGCAGCAACAGGAGCUGUGAGCCUUGGUGUUGGAAGUGUAAAGUGGGUGGCAGGGAAAGGAUAUGAUGUCGGCCAUGCCGUCGUAACCAGAGUGCCAAUACCAGGUGUAUCAAGAUGGAAAACCAAAGACAAGAGUGAAUAA